AUGGCUUGGGUGCUGCCUUUUCUUUUCCUGUUUGGAUACUCGCCCUUGCAGUCUGGUGAUAGGUGGGAUGAAGCCAGGUUCAGACUGAAUUGUCCUCAAGCUCCCUGUUGGCGAUAUUGGGAUGGAAAUUGUUAUUGCCUAGAGGAAAAUGAGAAGGGAACUUGGGCAGAAGCGCUAAGGUUUUGCAAGAGAUAUAGCUACACAGAGUUAAUAUCAUUUACUAGUCCUCAAGAAAUGAACUGGAUCUUAGAUUUACCUUUGGACAAUUUUUGGACUGGAUUGAAUAAUUUGGAACAUAUUAACACUUUUUCAUGGUCAGAAGGUACACCAGCAAAUGUGACACUUCCUUGGCUUCAGCUAUCACUGCCAGCUUGGCCAAAUACUGUGCGUUGUGUGAAAGUUUCCAAACAUAGGUUGGUUGCUUUUCACUGUAAUGCAAAGGUCCAUUGGAUCUGCAAGCGAAGUGCCUUUGUUGACCGCUAUCAAGAACACAAAGGAAAGGUGCUUUUAUCACCACUGGGCUCUGCGUCCCAAGUUCAUGCAGAUUUGAUUUCUGCGAAGGCAGCAUGCUUGGAGCUUAGAGAACAGUGUACAGGGAUCACUGUCUGGAACAAUGCCUAUGCAAUUGCCAGAGGAACUGUAUUGCUAAAAAGUGAGGAGAGCUGGUCUGCAGCAUAUGUGAAGUCAGAUUGCGCCUUGGGUUAUUUUGGAAAAAACUGUUCGUCUGUUUGCAGUAUGUGCUAUGGUGAUGAACUGUGCAAUCCAUACACCGGAGUUUGUGAUAAUUUUCACUCCUGCAGAGCUCAGGACUCGCCUACUAUUUGUGAACAAGAUAUGAAAAGUGCAUGGUGCCCACGGUUUUCUGGUUGGAAAUAUUGGGGGGAUAGCUGCUACUACUUCAGUGAUGUCAAAGUCAGCUGGGUUGAUGCUCGGAAACAGUGCAGAAGAUUCAGAAGUACAGACCUCAUAUGGCUUGAAAGCAGAAGUGAAAUGAACUGGAUAUUCUCUGCAAGUUCAGCUGAGCUUUUUUGGACUGGACUGAAUAGCAGGAAGCAAAAAUCUAUAUGGAUUUGGUCAGAUACGAAAUCAGCAGCUAAAGUAUUACAUUGGUUAGAACUGCAAGAGAGUCCAUUUGGAAGAUGUGUAGGUCUAAAUUCAGUCAACCAAACUGCUCUGAGGCUAGAUUGUGAAGAAAAAUAUAAAUGGAUUUGUAAGAGAAGAGAAGUGGAUAACCUUUUUGAUGUCUAUAUGGAUCAGUUUUUGUCAGGACCGCUAGAACCUGUGUUUUAUACCUCUCUUUCUGCUGCUGCAUUAGACUGCUUAAGUGAUGCCAACUGCACAGGAAUAGUGCAAGAUUAUCUAUACUAUAGAAGAACAACAGGUGUUGAUAUAAUUGUUACCUAUGAAGAAAUUGCAACGACAUAUGUAAGACGAGAAUGUGACUUUGGAUACUAUGGUUAUAACUGUUCCUCAGAUUGUAAAAAAUGUUAUGGGGGAUUCAGAUGCAAUUCAGUAACUGGCAGGUGCCCAGAAAGGAUGCAGUGUAUUGGUCAGUUCAAAGGUGAACUGUGUGAAUUAGGUAUCUGGAAUCCAAAAUGUCCCCAAAAUGCCCCGUGGUGGUUUUAUGAUGGGCAUUGCUAUUAUUUUGAAAAGGAAAUGAAGCAGCAGCAUGCAGGGGCAAGCGUACAGUGUUCCUACUAUAAGGAUGGUAACCUUGUCAAGAUUGACAGUGAAAAAGAACAGAAGUGGCUUAGUGCUAUGUUGGAAACUGAGAGCUGGAUUGGUUUGCUACAGGAAGGGGUUACAUGGAAAUGGAGUGGUGGUCAAGAAGAUGUUGAUAAAUCAAAGUACACCUGGCUAUGGGAUUUUCCUGCAACAGCAAAUGGAUGUGUUCAGAUGGUGAGAGGAGGAAGACUUCGAGCGUUAUCAUGCAGUGAACAACAUUUCUACGUUUGUGAAAAAGAAAUAGCUGGACUAGACCUUUUCAUUGACUACCCUGGGAAAAUAAUGCUGGCUGUUUAUCCUCUGGCUGUGUACAAUGAUCUUGAAGAAGCAAAAUUCCAUUGUGUACUAAGAGUGAACUGUACUGGAAUCAGUAGCUGGCCAAACAAGCAUUUUCUUGUUACAGGAAUGGAAAUGGUGUUGGGUUUAGCUCAUCAUGUAUUUCACUUGAAAACCAGUUGUUCACCAGGACAUCAUGGGUAUGUAUGUGGGAAAGAAUGUCCAAUAUGCAGAGAUAAUGCACUCUGUAACAUGUUAACUGGUUUCUGUGAUGAGAAAACCUUCUGCAGAGACACAACCUCUAUAGAGAGUUGUUCAGAAAGCACUGUCAGCCAAAGAUGUCCAGAUAAGGAUAAAUGGCGCUACUGGAACAGACACUGUUACUAUUACUCAAUCAGUGCCAGUGCUAAAAAACCCUGGAAAGAAGCCAAUUCUUCCUGCAGUCGGUUUAGGGCUGCUGAACUUCUAUGGAUUGAAGACCAAGAUGAUCUGAAGUGGCUACAAAAGUUUUUCAGAGAGCGAAUAUGGAUAGGAUUGCAAGAUAUAAACUAUGAUGAGAUAUGGGCUUGGUCGCAUGAAGACAAUGCAACAAGUACAUUGAAAUGGAUGAAUCUCCCAAGGGGGUCCAAAUGGGAACGAUGUGCUGAUAUGUCAAACAGAGGUGUUAUCAGUAAAACUUAUUGUUCUGAAAAGAGAGGAUGGGUGUGCAAGAGACCAGCUGAACCAGACCUUGAUAUAUAUACAGGCCUUUGGGAUUCAGUAGUGAUCUCAGAGAACCCAAGUUUGUCAGCCAAUUCUACUUACAAUCAAUCAAGAGAUGAAUGUAUUAGACUGAAGUCUGCAUGCCUUGGCUAUGGAUUGUGGCAAAAUGGAUAUUUCAUACUCAAUGGUCCAAUGUUAGUUGGUGGAGGAUUUGGUCCAAGUGUAACUUUUUUUAAAUCAGCAUGUGAUUAUGGAUACUAUGGGUCAGAGUGCGAAGCUGAAUGUCCACACUGUCACUGGGACAAACCAUGCCAUCCCAGAACUGGAACAUGUGAAGGUCCCAUUGUUUGUGCUGCACCACAACUUGUAGGUACAUGUUCCUUUGGUUUGUACAGUUUAAGAUGCCCCCUUGGUGAUGGUUGGUGGUUCUGGCAAGGAAAAUGUUACUUGAUAGAAAAAAAUAGAAAAGUGACAUGGAAGGAAGCACAGGAGCUAUGCAGACAUUUUAUAGGCACAAGGCUACUUCAGAUACAAGGUCCUGAGGAAAAGACAUGGCUCAAAGAGAUGAUAAGUGAACAAAUCUGGAUAGGAAUGAAAUGGAAUUCACAGAAAACACUGUGGCAAUGGGGAGAUGAAACAGAAGCAAACACUAAUGAGAACUGGUUGAAGAUAGAAGGAAGCAAACUUGACAGUUGUGGGACUCUUCUGAAAAAUAAGUCACUAUUGCAGUCAGCACAGUGUUCUGAAAAAUUAUAUUUUAUAUGUCAAAGACAAGAAAAUGUGAACAUAUUCCAUGAAUAUAACGGUCACAUAAUACCAAAACGGCAAAACACAUUGCCCAAAAUAUUCUAUACGUUCAAUGCUGCUGAGGAGGAUUGCAUUUUUGAGAAAACUACUUGUACUGGUAUAGUUUUAUCACAAGGCCAGUACUACAUGGUUAGUGGAACGGAUAUAUUCAAAAGCCCCAAUGCAAAUGAUGUUCUGUAUUUGAAGUCUGCUUGCAAUCCUGGAUUUUAUGGCACAAAUUGUCAAUUCAUUUGUCGGAAGUGUACCAAUAACUUUCCGUGUCAUCCUGUCACUGGAGAAUGUAUAGUCGCUGGGAUUACCAGGUGUACUUUCGACUCCCCAGAUCCAAAGUGUGAUGCAGAAGCUUUCAUAAGCCCAUGCCCAAAGAAGCCCCAAUGGCACUAUUAUUCCAAGUCAUGUUAUUAUGUGGAAGAUACAAAAACAGACACGUGGGCCAAUGCCAGGAGUGCCUGCCAAGGAUUUAAGGGAACAGACCUAGUUAAAAUUACAAGCAGUCAUGAAAAGAUGUGGGUACAGUAUAAAGGAGAUGAGAGCUGGAUCGGUUUGGCCUUCUACAAACGGUCAUAUCAAUAUCUUUGGGUAGAUAACACAUCUUCAGUCUUUCAAAAUGCAUGGGUGGUUAGGCGAAACAGAAGAUAUACACAAUCUGUUUCUGAUUGUGGAGUUGCUUUCAAAAGAUACCUUUCUGUGACAGAUUGUUCCCUUCAUAAAAAGUGGAUUUGCAAAAGAAAAGAUGUUGAUCUCUUUAGUGAGCUCAUUGGAAGAGCAUUUUACCUGCCACAUGGAGAAGCUCCUACAUAUUCUACUUUAAAUAGAGCUAAACAGGCCUGUUUAAUCUUACAAAAAUGUACUGGAGUGGUAGAAGCAGGGAACAAUUUCAUGUUACACACUGGUGUGGACAUAUACAACACUAGGGACAAUAAAGUGAAAACCUGGAUUAAAUCAGAUUGUGCUGCUGGAAGAUUUGGGGAGAAUUGUGAACAAAUAUGCCACAGAUGUGAUGACGAUGUGUUGUGCAACCCCUACACAGGGUUGUGUGGGGACAGCUUGUUCUGCAACAAAAAUGAUCCUACUUUCACUUGUGAAAAAGGGACCUUGAUGGGUGGGAGAUGUCCUGUUGAAGAUGGCUGGGUGUAUUGGCAUGGCAACUGUUAUUACUUUCCCAAAGAAACAGAAAAAAUCUGGUUAGAUGCAAGAGAUAUGUGCAGACGAUAUAGGGACACAGACCUUCUCUGGAUAUCCAGUAGAGAUGAGAUGACAGCGCUUCUUUCUAUAUUGCCCAGAGGAGUCUACUGGAUUGGUCUUCAUGGUGAUCGAUUUUGUACCCGUUUGCAGUGGUCAAAGGCUAAUAUUUCAUAUGCAGAUUCAGAAUGGUUACGUAAGAAAUCAUGGACAUUAUACUGGAUGUGCUGUGUGCAGCUGAAUGUUCCCAAAGGUUCAAUGCCAGGAACUAGCUGUUACGGGAAAGGAUCAUGGGUUUGCAAGAAAACAGAAGAAGAAAAUAUGGAUUUCCGCAAGUUUAAUGGCUAUUACCUAACUGGCAUUGUCAACAAUACUAAAGUGGCCACCCACAAAUCAUUAAGUAAAGCCUUUCAGCAAUGUAGAUAUGAAAGAAAUCUUUGCACUGGAGUUCAAAGGAUAAGAGCUACAUACACAACAUUUCUUGCAAAGCGACUUGUAUUUGUCAAUGGAUCAUUUGCAAAGCUAUAUACGGCGUAUUUGAAAACUGCUUGUACACCAGGGUAUUAUGGUCCUGAGUGUAGUAUAAAUUGCACCUGUAAUGGCACUGAGAACUGCAAUCCAAUAACUGGACAAUGUUCAGACAAUGAACAGUGUAAUGAGGACUACAUAGCAACAGAUUGUGAAGAAGGUGUGAUUAAUCUUAAAUGCCCAACUGAUCCUGGAUGGUGGUACUGGAAAGACAAUUGUUAUUAUAUAGAGACAGUGAAGCACUUGACUUGGAGUGAAGCAAAUGAUUUCUGCAUGGCUUAUGAUAAAACUGAACUGAUGCCACUGCCACAAAGGAAAGAGGAACGGGUCUGGCUGACUUCUGUGAUAAAGGGUGCUACGUGGAUUGGCUCAGCAGUGGCAAAAGUCAAAGAAACAACAAACAUUGAAAACAUGUAUAGAAAAGCACCUUCCACCUGCACACAAAUGAGGAAAAAUGGGCCCCUGGAAGAAAUUAGUUGUUCAUCAUUGGCUCUCUGGGUUUGUAAGAGAAGUGUAGAUGCAAAAAUGUUUUGGUUAUACCCUGGAAAGAUGCUUAUCUUGCCUUUGGGAGAUAAAAUGUAUAAACAAAGGGAACAUGCAAAGUCAGCCUGCCUGUUAGAAGAAAAAUGCACUGGAAUCAGCUACUGGAAAAAGCAAUAUAUACCAGUUAGUGGUAAUGAGCUGAUCUUAACUAACUCAAAGAAGGAUGCUGCAUUCAUGAAAACUGCUUGCCAAGCAGGACGUUAUGGGGCCUAUUGUCAGGAAAGGUGCCCGGAAUGUCCAAAAGACAGGCCAUGCAAUAGAUUAACAGGAAACUGCUCUGGCGAUGUGACUUGUUCAGAAAAUGAUUUAAGGCUCUGUGAAAUCAAACUGAAAAGCAAAUUUUGUUACUACACUUGGACAUAUUUCAAUGGACAUUGUUACUACAUUUCUACUUAUGGGCAAAUUAAUCACAGUGAUGCAGUGUACAUGUGCAGCCAGUUUAAAGGGUCCCAACUCCUGCAUUUGACUAACACUCAGGAAAAGGAUUGGCUAGUUAAAGCAGUCUCUAAAAAAUUUUGGCUUCUCGAUGUGGGUCCAGCUUUCCAGCCAAAACUGUGGCUCUCACAAACAGAAGAAAAACUAGCAGAGAGGACUCUUGUAGAUACUGAGCUGUUGUGUCUUCAGAUGGAGCCUGGGGUGGGAUAUUUGAUGUCAGCUCCCUGUUCAUCUAACGCUUCAUGGAUCUGCAAAGCCCCAUUAGCUUCUGAGCCAGUGGAUUGUCCAGAUAAGUGGUGGUUGUCAUUGGCGUCAUCCCUUUUAGGUACCACUGCUGUACUGGUGGUGACUGUGAUUCUUACAUUUAAAUAUGGCUUCUGGGCUUCACAAGUAGUGAAUGAAGCAAAAAUGCAAACACCUUAGUCAGAUGCCAGACAUAUAGUUCUGUGAACACACAUACAGUCCUUCACAUGAAGAAAGAGCAAACACUAUUGAAUACUGUUGGCAGCCUAAGAAGCAAACCCCUUGAGUUCUUGUUGCCUUGUUCUUAAACAUUUGUGAUCUAGAGAGGUGGGUGCAUGAGUAAGAAGAUUUUUGAAGCUGAAAAAGUAUGUGUAAUAGGCAAAGUUUGAAAAAGGGAACUGAGAAUUUGUUCGUCUUCACAAAGCGUUCAGAAACAUGAAAAUAUCAUAUGAUAGAUGCUGCU